AUGACGUUUUUAGCCGUCACCUGGAAUAUGAAGAAUUUUUUGUUAAUGGUAGCAUUGAGUAUAGCUUGCGAAAAAUUCUAUAGAUCUGUGGAAAUUGCUGAGAGUUCUUGUGCCCAACUUUUGGGUUGCAGUCAAGCUACAGGUUAUCCAAGCAUGCGCAAGACUUGCAAGAACGUGUUGCGGCUGAACCGCGCGACGCUGCGCAAGUUGUCAGCAUUCGGUGUGUUUGAAAUAGACGCAGCGUUCUCGCUGCGGUUGCUCAGCGCACUUGUGCCGUACACCGUCAUGCUGCUGCAGUUUGCUUUCUUCACGUCCUAG